CUCCGACCUUUGACCACACAUGAACUUCCGCUCGACAGGUGAAGCCAGCGACAUCACCGACAAGGAAUAAGCAAGGAAGUGCUUCAUGAAAGCACUGGCCAUUAGUUUCCCCCCCCUCUUAAGAAAUAUAUAUAUAUACAUUGAGGAUUAUAAAGCAAGGACAUGUGUGGUUUUGAUAAGGAGACGGGUCCCGGGCGAUUGAUGAAGAAGGGGUUAACCCUGAUCCUGGUGGGUCACAUCAACUUCAUCCUGGGAGCCAUCGUCCAUGGCAGCAUCCUGCGUCACAUCUCCAAACCCGACCACAAGAUAACUACAGAGUUCACUGCUGCCAACAUAAUCUCGGUUACCUCUGGACUGCUGAGCAUUGCAACAGGGAUCAUUUCGAUAUUGGUGUCAAGAAAUCUGUCAGUUUGGAAACUGCACAUAGGUCUCUUGAUUAGUUCCUUCCUGAAUGCCUUAUUGUCAGCGGCCUGCGGCAUUGGGCUCCUAAUGGCUAUCAGCCUCACCAUUGCCAACCAGGGGCAGGGCCUCAUGAAGGGCUGCAACUUCACUGACAUGCCACUCAACGCCCGCUCACCAGUCAGUGCAGACUGCCCCUUUGACACCACACGGAUAUAUGACACCACCUUGUCUGUGUGGUUCCCAUGUGUUCUACUGGCAGGGCUGGAAACAGGACUAUCUAUCUGGUGCUUCGUAGUGGGACUAGUACUGAGGGGUCUGGGACCUUGCUCUCACACAUAUCUUAAAGAAAAGUUGGAGGAGGAGGCUCCCAACAGGACAUCAACAGAUCCAGAGUAUUCACCCCAGGGCCGAAGUCUUAUUGGACAACACUCCGCCUACGCUUAGUGGUCUGCCCUAGACCAGGAGAGGGACCUCCCUGAUGUCUUCAACGCCCCUCAAACCAAAGAUUCUGCCUCUGAGAGUCGCAGGAUGGGAAAAUGACAGUGUCUCUGUUCACU